CUCCUCGAAAAGGAGUCACCCGUGUGUUAAACGAGUCCCGAUUUCCCUCUCUUUUUCUCCGAUCGGGUUCUUCGAGUUCGCUAGGGUUUCCGCCAUGGCCAAUCCGAAGAAAUCCCGGCCGUUGUCCGACGAGGAGGAGGAAGAAACACCUUCCCGCGAUGGAUCCGACGGCGGAUCGUCCGAAGGAGAGGACUCGGAGAGGAAGAACGAGGAGGAGGAGGAGGAGGACGAGGAGGAAGCCGCGGUCGCGGAAGAGGAGGAUGAGGAGGAGCUAGAGGCGGUGGGUAGGACGGCUGGUCCCGGUGAGGACGAAGACGAGGAGACGGUCAAUGAAUCGGCCGAGAGCGAGGACGGGGAUGGAGAUGGCAAGAGGAGCGAGACGGAGGACGACGGGGAGGGAGAAGAGGAUGGGAAACGGUCUUCGGAGGAUGUCGGAAAACGUGAAAGGGCUAGGCUGAGGGAGAUGCUGCGGCUGAAGAAACAGAAAUUUCAAGAGAUACUGGAUAGACAAAAUGCAGCUAUUGAUGCGGACAUGAACAACAAAGGCAAGGGUCGUUUGAAGUAUCUUUUACAGCAGACAGAAAUAUUUGCACAUUUUGCAAAAGGUUCACAGUCUGAGUCAGAGAAAAAACCUAAGGGCAGGGGUCGACAUGCUUCAAAGGUAACUGAGGAGGAGGAAGAUGAAGAAUACCUUAAGGAGGAAGAGGAUGCUUUUGUUGGUGCUGGGAGCACACGACUUGUUGCACAGCCUUCAUGUAUAAAAGGAAAAAUGAGGGAUUACCAGCUUGCUGGGUUGAAUUGGUUGAUACGCUUGUAUGAAAACGGCAUCAAUGGAAUUCUUGCUGAUGAAAUGGGUCUUGGCAAAACUUUGCAAACUAUUUCUCUUCUUGGUUACUUACACGAGUUUAGAGGAAUCACUGGCCCUCAUUUGGUUGUUGCACCAAAAUCAACUCUUGGUAAUUGGAUGAGGGAGAUUCGGCGUUUUUGUCCAGUUCUACGGGCUGUUAAGUUUCUCGGUAAUCCAGAAGAAAGGAGGCAUAUUCGUGAGAAUCUUUUAGUGGCUGGGCAUUUUGAUGUAUGUGUGACCAGCUUUGAGAUGGCUAUUAAAGAGAAAUCGUGCUUGCGUCGGUUUAGCUGGCGUUACGUUAUAAUUGAUGAGGCUCACCGCAUUAAAAAUGAGAAUUCCCUUUUGUCCAAAACAAUGAGACUCUAUAAUACCAAUUACCGCCUUUUAAUCACAGGAACUCCCCUUCAGAACAAUCUCCAUGAGUUGUGGUCGCUUCUUAAUUUUCUUCUCCCAGAGAUAUUCAGCUCUGCUGAGACUUUUGAUGAAUGGUUUCAAAUUUCUGGUGAAAGUGAUCAACAAGAGGUCGUUCAACAGCUCCACAAGGUGCUUCGACCCUUCCUUCUUCGGAGACUGAAGUCUGAUGUUGAAAAGGGACUACCACCAAAAAAGGAAACCAUUCUCAAGGUUGGCAUGUCUCAGUUACAGAAGCAGUACUAUAGGGCAUUGCUUCAGAAGGAUCUAGAAGUUGUCAAUGCUGGGGGAGAACGCAAACGUCUUCUUAAUAUAGCUAUGCAGUUGCGCAAAUGUUGUAAUCAUCCAUAUCUUUUCCAAGGAGCUGAACCUGGUCCACCUUAUACCACAGGAGAGCAUCUCAUUACGAAUGCAGGCAAAAUGGUUCUUCUUGACAAGCUGCUUCCAAAGCUAAAAGAGCGGGACUCACGGGUUUUAAUAUUUUCACAGAUGACAAGGCUGUUGGAUAUCCUGGAAGACUAUCUUAUGUUUCGGGGUUAUUUAUAUUGCCGUAUUGAUGGGAAUACUGGCGGUGAAGAUCGAGAUGCUUCCAUUGAGACUUUUAAUAAGCCUGGAAGUGAUAAAUUUGUCUUUUUGCUUUCUACUAGAGCAGGUGGUUUGGGGAUAAAUCUUGCUACUGCAGAUGUUGUGAUUCUCUAUGAUAGUGAUUGGAAUCCUCAAGUUGAUCUGCAAGCUCAAGAUCGUGCUCACAGGAUUGGUCAGAAAAAAGAAGUUCAGGUGUUCCGUUUUUGUACGGAGUAUACAAUAGAAGAGAAAGUGAUAGAGAGGGCCUACAAAAAGCUUGCACUUGACGCUUUGGUUAUUCAGCAAGGUCGAUUGGCAGAGCAAAAAACCGUUAAUAAGGAUGAAUUGCUCCAAAUGGUGAGGUUUGGUGCGGAAAUGGUCUUCAGUUCCAAAGAUAGCACGAUCACUGAUGAAGAUAUUGAUAGAAUUAUUGCCAAAGGUGAAGAAGCUACAGCAGAGCUUGAUGCAAAGAUGAAGAAAUUCACUGAAGAUGCCAUAAAGUUUAAGAUGGAUGACACUGCUGAAUUAUAUGACUUUGAUGAUGAAAAGGAUGAUAAUAAGGUUGACUUGAAGAAGCUUGUUAGUGAGAAUUGGAUUGAGCCACCUAAACGGGAGCGCAAGCGAAACUAUUCAGAAUCUGAUUACUUCAAGCAAGCAUUGCGUCAAGGUGGCCCAUCAAAGCCCAGGGAACCUCGAAUUCCUCGUAUGCCGCAAUUGCAUGAUUUUCAAUUCUUCAACACACAGAGACUAAAUGAACUAUAUGAAAAAGAAGUGCGCUUCCUUAUGUCCACUCAUCAAAAGAAUCAGUUGAAGGACACAAUUGGAGAGGGGGAUGAUGUUGAAGAAACUGGGGAGCCUCUCACUGGUGAGGAACAAGAAGAGAAAGAGCAACUACUGGCAGAGGGUUUCUCAACAUGGACUAGGAGGGAUUUUAAUACUUUCAUUAGAGCAUGCGAAAAGUAUGGGCGAAAUGAUAUAAAAAAUAUUGCUUCUGAGAUGGAAGGUAAAGCAGAGGAGGAAGUAGAAAGAUAUGCUAAGGUAUUUAAGGAGAGAUACAAGGAAUUGAAUGAUUAUGACAAGAUAAUUAAGGGUAUUGAGAAAGGGGAGGCAAGAAUUUCUCGGAAGGAUGAAAUAAUGAAAGCGAUUGGCAAGAAGUUGGAUCGUUAUAAAAAUCCAUGGCUGGAAUUGAAGAUACAAUAUGGGCAGAAUAAAGGAAAACUAUACAACGAGGAAUGCGAUCGUUUUAUGCUCUGCAUGGUGCAUAAGCUGGGUUAUGGGAACUGGGAUGAGUUGAAAGCAGCUUUCCGCAUGUCUCCUUUGUUCCGAUUUGAUUGGUUUGUUAAAUCUCGAACUACACAAGAACUUGCAAGGCGCUGUGAUACACUUAUUCGAUUGGUUGAAAAGGAAAAUCAGGAGCUUGAUGAAAGAGAAAGGCAGGCACGAAAAGAUAAGAAACUUGCAAAGAGCCUAACACCAUCAAAGCGAUCCAUGGCAAGGGGUGGAGCUAUUGAGUCUGUAACGACUUCUGGGAAAAGGCGGAAGCAGUCAGUGAUGGACGACUAUUUGACUUCAGGUAGAAGAAGAAAAUCUUGAUUUCAAGGUGGAUCCUUGCAGAAAUGUUGCACUGCUUCCAGUGCAUUUUACUACCAAAGAUUCAGGGACAAUCAGCAGAAUACUUGUGAUGGUUGGUUCAUAUGAAUCUUAAAGGGUUUGAUCCUGCGGCAUCUCCUUCCCGUAAUUUUGGCGAAUCGUCCUUACUUUUUGUGGUGAAGGCUUGAAUGGGAGGGGCACAUGCUUGACGUGAUGCACUUAAUUCACUCUGACAUGAUCCGCUAUUUUGGAGAGGAUAUCUCCUUCGCGCGUGCGACUUACUGAUAUCCUAAUAGCAAAACAAUAGGAAUCUCCAUGUAUAUCGUUGUUAUCAUAGCCUAUUUCCAAUGAGGUGCUGUAUCUUCGUCAUUGUCAUCAGUUAGUUGGUCAUGAACAAUUUAAGGCCUGCGACCCUGUUUACCUCGUUUGAGGUUGGGAGUCGCCUCUCCAAAUGUGUUUUGCUGGCCAGAAAUGUUUGGACGAUGGGCCUUUGUAUUCUUAUUUAUAAGUAGGAUUACAAAGCAUGCACCUUCACAGUAUUCACAAAAAUAGUGCAUUUAUUUCUUUCGCGAAAUGAUGAGGCUUUGAAUAUGUUUUGAUUUUU